UCAAGCCUCACUCUUCCACAGCGUUCAUGUCUGACAGUAUAGAGGGAAGAAGAAGAGGAAGAAGGAAACUGACUGACGCAUUUUCCGACUGUUUGACACACCGAGGAACUUUUUGUCCAUGUCACCAGCAAACCUGAGGUCAGGACACCCAUCAGCCUGCAGCAAAACUCUUUGCCUUUUCCGCGGAUUAAUUUAACCAGACCGGGAUUCGAUAGCCUGGUUAUGGAUUUUAACCUGCUGACGGACAGUGAAGCCCGCAGCCCAGCGCUGUCGCUCUCCGACUCCGGGACCCCGCAGCACGACCAGGGAUGUAAAGGCCAGGACAACAGCGGUGAAAUCGAAGCAUAGUAAAGAAGGUCCACCUUCACUGAAUGCAUGCGCGCCCCUGCGGCCAGGGGCACACUUCCUAUCAGAGGGUAAUUACCAUGACACCAGUCUUCUCUGGCACAGCGGAAACAACAAAAGACCAAAACUGUCUCUGGAAAGACUCAGCUACUGUGCUGUUGGAAGCCAUGGUGGAAGUCACGGAAACGGAUAACCAGUUGGUUGAAGACACAGAGAAAUCCCACCAGAACCAGCUGGAUGAGUCCAGCGUUGAGGACGGCUCUCUGAAGAAGAAGCAGCGGCGGCAGAGGACUCACUUCACCAGCCAGCAGCUCCAGGAGCUGGAGGCCACCUUCCAGAGAAACCGCUACCCUGAUAUGAGCACCAGAGAGGAAAUUGCAGUGUGGACCAACCUCACUGAGGCACGGGUCAGGGUAUGGUUCAAGAAUCGGCGUGCCAAGUGGAGAAAACGGGAGAGGAACCAGCAGGCAGAGUUAUGCAAAAAUGGCUUUGGUGCCCAGUUCAAUGGACUCAUGCAGCCCUACGAUGACAUGUACACGGGUUACUCCUACAACAACUGGGCCACCAAGAGCCUAGCAAGCAGCCCUCUCUCCGCCAAGAGCUUCCCAUUCUUUAACUCAAUGAAUGUUAGCCCCCUGUCAUCCCAGCCCAUGUUCCCCCCCGCCAGCUCCAUCCCCUCCAUGAACAUGGCCUCUAGCAUGGUGCCCUCAGCGGUGGCCGGGGUUCCCACUACGGGGCUUAACAACCUGGGCAACCUCAAUAACCUCAACAGCCCCACGGCGCUCAACUCAGUAGCGGUGACUGCGGCCACAUGCCCCUAUGCCACCACAGCCAGUCCUUACAUGUACAGAGACACCUGCAACUCCAGCCUGGCCAGCCUGCGGCUCAAGGCCAAGCAGCACACCAACUUUGCUUAUCCAGCAGUGCAGAACCCCGUGUCCAACCUGAGCCCCUGCCAAUAUGCUGUGGACCGGCCGGUAUGAAGAAGAAACUCUGACGAUGACCCCAGACCCAACCAACCAGCUGUAAGUCUACUAUUACCCCACUUCACAUCUCUUCAGUUCCAUCUCUAAACUGCCAGAUGUGCUGCAGACUGGCAGAUUGUGUUUUGAUGGUACACAAUGAGAAUAUUCUUCAAAACUGACACAACACAACAAAUAGAAAUGCCUGGAUGGACCACUUCAAAGGAAUUCUCUCCAGUUUGUGAGACUUUGUCACUGAACUGACCAACAGCUUCAAAGGAUUUCUAAAGAUUAUUAUCCAUUAUAAUUUUUUUCUUCUUCUGAACUGCAUGAUUAGAGUAAAUGUAGAAACCAAGGGUAAAUAAAACAUGUAUGCUUCAACUGGACUAGUGGUCAACAUCUUGGCCCAAAAACAUCAAAUGCAAACUUUGCUACUAUCACAGGAAAAUGGGACCUGUGGUUGCAAUGCGGGAGAAAUGGAGGAUGUAUAUAAUGGACUUUUUUCUGUUUUGUAUGUGACAAGAAAAUAUAUGAAAACGUACUUUAAAGAUGAGAAAAGCAUGCUCUUCAAAAGCAAAGGCCCUAAGUUGAUGUACUAUGAGCACAUCCGUUAGGAACUUUAAACUUUGUUGUGAAUUCCUCUCCUCUUGGAAGGUCAUAGGUCAAAGGUCAGCUUGGACGGGAAAGAGGAGGACAGUCCUGGAAAGUGAACACAACCUCAAGCAGUUAAACACAAAACACAUAUACCAGAAUAUCAGCAAGAUUUUUCAAGUAAAACUCUAAAAAGCCAUUGAGUAUAUAGAUUUGUGUGGUGUUAUACAAAGGGAGUCAAUGACUGUCAAAAAUGUAUGUAAGAGUGCAGUUGUCAUAACAAAAAAAAACCAAGCCUUUUUUCCUGGUGUAGCCUGCUUUGUCUCAUUAAAGAACCAAUUAAAUGAUCAAUUUUUAUGAACUACAAA